CAAACUUUAUGGAGAAUAUAAACAGGGAUCCUUAUCAUUCCUAGCCUAGUGAAAAAGAAAAAAACAUCUGGUUUAAAAGUUAACUGUUGACAGGGUGAAGAAAAAAGGAUGCCUGGGGGAAGAACCUUUUAUUCUUAGGCAAAUGGUUCCUCUACCAGGGAGAGAAGCUUAUCCGAUGGAGCUGAGCCUUGGCCAGGGAAGGGGAAGAUGCUGUGGACAUGUGGCAUUCCCCAGUCCCAGCUGGGAGGGGAGAGGGAAUGAGGAGCUGCGGCUUGCCUAUCCUUCCCAAAAAACGAAAGCAAAGGCCAUGGAAAGGCCCCUGACUCCAGGGAGCGAUGGGAGUGGGGGCAUGGUUCCCCUACCCUCAGAAGUCCAUGCAUGAAAAGGCUUAGAAAUGUCAGUGAGAAGUUUUGAGUCCCCGUGUCACUCACCGCUUCUCAAGCCCCACAUUGGGUGCCAAAGCUGUUGUAGGACUUUCUCCUUAGUUCAGCUAAGAGCUGGGUCCUUGUCACAUGGCCAUGAAAUAUUAGGCUCACAGAUGCCUUGAAGGGUGAGAAUGGAAUUUAUUGGGCAAAAAGAAAAAAACGGAAACAGAGACUCUUCCCAAAGCCAGAGUGCUUCCUGCCUGGUAGACUGAAUCCCAGGUUCCACCUAGGAAAAGGAGGGGCCAGGCUCCUCCCCACUGCAAAUGGCUCAAAUUUCCCAAGGCUCCACCCCAGUGCGCAUUCCUCCCAGUGCUCAGGUCAGCAGGAGAUUCUGCCAGGGAGUCCUUCCCACCUGGCUGUCUUACUAACAGCACUCUGGGAGGCCGAGGUGGGAGGACUGCUUGAGCCCAGGAGUUCGAGAUGAAAAAAGUAUAAAAAAGUUAGUGGGGUGUGGUGGCCUGCACCUGUAGUCCCAGCUCCUUGGGGGCUGAGGUGAGAGGAUUGCUUGAGCUUGGGAGGUUGAGACUGCAGUAAGGCUGCCCUGAUCAUGCCCACUGCACUCUAGCCUGGGUGAGAAAGUGAGACCCUCUCUGCAAAAACAAAAGAUUUAUCUACAUAUCAAAGUGAAGAGGAAGGAUUAAUAAAUAUAGGUUUUUCUCAAGGAAAUGUCCUAGGAAAAGGGAAGACAGAUAAGAUCUCUCUCUUUUGCCAAAGAGAACGUUCAAUCUUAUUUUUUACAUGUACACACUCUUCCUUAUGGGCAAAAUGGAUGUUUGAUGAAAGAUUCACCAAUGAAGAGAAUCUACAUCUGAUAAAGAGGAGAUCAAGACAUAUCUGGGAGGGUGAGUCAGGGGUUCCAGGAAGUGGGGGAGGAAUCAUGUUGGUCUAACUGUGGGCAUCUAUUUUUCUUCUCACAGAGUAGUAGAGACUUGGGACUAGGAGCAAUAUAGGCAGAAACACACAUCAGGCAAGGCAUUGCUGACAGGCAGAGAGAAACUGCCUGCUCAUCGGGAUGCCACUCUCCUACUCUACUCUCUAUUGUGGGCAAAAGGUAGUCACAGGGUCCUCCCAAUUCUGUGGCAAUGAGUAUGGAGAGGGCAUAACUGGAUAGCAGAAUAAAAAUCCAGUGCACAUUGCUGCCUUGCAGCCAAUAACAGUUGCUCGCCAGUGGUAUGAAACUUCUGUGUGCCUAGGACUGAGCUACUGGGUAUAGUGUGUGUGGGAAGGGGAGUCUCCAAGGGGAGUCAUCCCCAGAAGGGGAAGGUAAGAUACUCUUCCAGGAUCAGGCUCACCUUUCCCAUCCUUAGAGGGGGUCUGGGGAUGGAAGGUUUUUACCACUUUGGGCAUGUUACACACUCUAUCAGCAGAAAAGGGAAUUCAUCAGAGAUCAUUUGGGUAGACUGAUGGCCUUAAAGGAAACUGGGUAUUAUCUUGUUCUGUCAGGGGAGGAGAUUACACCUUCACUAACAGUUCUGAGCAGAUGCAACAGCAGGACAGACCAGAAGUGUGACCUAACUCAGGCUGCCUCAGAGAGAUUGCUGUUGGACUGUCUCUAUUGAUGGGACUCUUACUGAGGGGGUCCAGGCAUUCAAGGGGUUGAGCUUCCCAGAAAGUUCCCCACUAACGCUUUAAAAAUGUAUUCCCUGCAGCUUUACGUUCUUGCAGUUCCAAUAUAGCAUUGGUGUUUAAAGCCAAACUACAUUAUAAUUGAUUUGCCAUCACCCAGCUUUAUAUUUAACACUUUCAUCUGGUAACAAAGGAAAGGCUCGUUAAAGGACGGCAUUUAUAAAAUGCUUCCAAGCACCUCUGCUUAACUCGAAGGGAAAAUAAAAGGCACUGUUUAUGUGGUAGGCCAAGGAGAACACCGCCACGAAGAGGUUCUCCACUGAGCAAUUCCUGCCUUUGUCAAUUAUACCACAUUAAUUAGAAACUUUUUUUGGAGACACGGACCCUCUCAAACUCCCCAGUAUGCUUUGAAACUUUGAUCCAGAAAUGUACAAACAGAACUCUAAGUGCUCUGGAAUUAAUUUCAGACGCUUCAUAGAUCCUCGUAAGUACUCAUCAAAAGAAAAAUUCCCCAUUUCUGGUACUCCAAUCUCACGCCCUUAGAAUUCUCCUAAGACUUGUUCCCUUGAACAACUUUCCUUAAUUUCAAAUCAAACCUAGAUCCGGCUGGGACGCCAAGCUUGAGCUGUGGUAACGCUCAGAAGGCUUCUUUCAUCAGUAAAACAGAUGCCUUAAUGGAAGUGGCGGGCAAUCUACGCAUGGAAAGGCGCUUGGCUUCCCUCUUUUUUGGGUUUCUCUAGGUUGUCUGGAUGGGAGAAAAAUAACACGCUUAGUCCUACGGAGUUCGGUACAAGUGCAAUUGCACAUGCGCAAAGGCGAACCAGUAGCGCACGGGCGCGUCCGUGGAGCGGGACGGGGCGGGGCGGAGCGGCGCGGCGGCGAGCGGGGCGAGAGAAGGCCCGCUCCUCCCAUUCGUCGCGGCCUUAACUCUUUGCUAUCCUUCCGCUGAGCUGCUGCUUCUUUCCCUCUGACCUCGGAAAGGGGGCGGGGCCUUCGGGGGCGGAAGUUGCGGUGCAUUGUGGGUUCUCCUGGAGCUGUGGAGUUGAUCCUGAAUGAAAGUGGCGCGCCGCCCCUGACGUUACCCGGAUUGGAGCGGCUGGAAUUCAGAUUACGGCUGCGAUUCGGGUGUCUCGGACCCCGGUGUGCACCGGACCACGGGGAGGCGGCUCCAAAGGCGCGGCGAACGUUGGUGAGGGAGGGCAGCUCUGCGCAGCCCCAAGACAUGGCUCACAACAAGAUCCCGCCGCGGUGGCUGAACUGUCCCCGGCGCGGCCAGCCGGUGGCAGGAAGAUUUUUACCUCUGAAGACAAUGUUAGGACCAAGAUAUGAUAGUCAAGUUGCUGAAGAAAAUCGGUUCCAUCCCAGCAUGCUCUCAAAUUACCUAAAGAGCCUAAAGGUUAAAAUGGGCUUGUUGGUGGACCUGACAAAUACUUCAAGGUUCUAUGAUCGAAAUGACAUAGAAAAAGAAGGAAUCAAAUAUAUAAAACUUCAGUGUAAAGGACAUGGUGAGUGCCCUACCACUGAGAAUACUGAGACCUUUAUUCGUCUGUGUGAGCGGUUUAAUGAAAGAAAUCCACCUGAACUUAUAGGUGUUCAUUGUACUCAUGGCUUCAAUCGCACUGGUUUCCUCAUAUGUGCCUUUUUGGUGGAGAAAAUGGAUUGGAGUAUCGAAGCAGCAGUUGCUACUUUUGCCCAAGCCAGACCACCAGGUAUCUACAAGGGUGAUUAUUUGAAGGAACUUUUUCGUCGGUAUGGUGACAUAGAGGAAGCACCACCCCCACCUCUAUUGCCAGAUUGGUGUUUUGAGGAUGAUGAAGACGAAGAUGAGGAUGAGGAUGGAAAGAAGGAAUCAGAACCUGGGUCAAGUGCUUCUUUUGGCAAAAGGAGAAAAGAACGGUUAAAACUGGGUGCUAUUUUCUUGGAAGGUGUUACUGUUAAAGGUGUAACUCAAGUAACAACACAACCAAAGUUAGGAGAGGUACAGCAGAAGUGUCAUCAAUUCUGUGGCUGGGAAGGGUCUGGAUUCCCUGGAGCACAGCCUGUUUCCAUGGACAAGCAAAAUAUUAAACUUUUAGACCUGAAGCCAUACAAAGUAAGCUGGAAAGCAGAUGGUACUCGGUACAUGAUGUUGAUUGAUGGCACAAAUGAAGUUUUUAUGAUUGAUAGAGACAAUUCAGUAUUUCAUGUUUCAAAUCUGGAAUUUCCAUUUCGUAAAGAUCUUCGUAUGCAUUUAUCAAAUACUCUCUUGGAUGGCGAGAUGAUUAUUGACAGAGUAAAUGGACAGGCUGUUCCUAGAUAUUUGAUAUAUGACAUAAUUAAAUUCAAUUCACAGCCCGUUGGAGAUUGUGAUUUUAAUGUUCGUCUGCAGUGUAUAGAACGAGAAAUUAUAAGUCCUCGACACGAAAAAAUGAAGACUGGGCUCAUUGACAAAACACAGGAACCAUUUAGUGUCAGAAAUAAGCCAUUUUUUGACAUCUGUACUUCAAGAAAGACAGGAUCUGGCUUUGUUGCCCAGGCUGGUCUUAAAUUCCUGGCUUCAAGCAAUCCUCACACCACGGCCUCCCAAAGCGUUUGGAUUACAGGUCUACUUGAAGGAAAUUUUGCCAAAGAAGUGAGCCAUGAAAUGGAUGGACUUAUUUUUCAGCCUACUGGAAAAUACAAACCUGGUCGAUGUGAUGAUAUUUUGAAAUGGAAGCCUCCCAGUCUGAAUUCUGUGGAUUUUCGUCUAAAAAUAACAAGAAUGGGAGGAGAGGGGUUACUUCCUCAGAAUGUUGGCCUUCUGUAUGUUGGAGGUUAUGAAAGACCCUUUGCACAAAUCAAGGUGACAAAAGAGCUGAAACAGUAUGACAACAAAAUUAUAGAAUGCAAAUUUGAGAACAACAGCUGGGUCUUCAUGAGACAGAGAACAGACAAAAGUUUUCCUAAUGCCUACAACACUGCCAUGGCUGUGUGCAACAGCAUCUCAAACCCUGUCACCAAGGAGAUGCUGUUUGAGUUCAUCGACAGAUGUACUGCAGCUUCUCAAGGACAGAAGCGAAAGCAUCAUCUGGACCCUGACACGGAGCUCAUGCCACCACCACCUCCCAAAAGACCACGCCCUUUAACCUAAGACCUGCCUGUGACUUCAGGGUUAAGAAGAAAGAGGAAUGAGGAAAAAAUGCUGUUGCCCAUUUUUGUAGCCAGAGAAAUUGAAAAACUGUGGCUUGAUGUUGAUACACAUUUGAAUUUUUUUUUUAAAAAGAAAGGUAUUGUAGCCAGCCUGUAAAUACUUGAUGCAUUCAUUUCCUCAGUGCUGCAAUACAUCAUGGACUUAAACAUUUUAUUUAUCUGAUAAACUCAGCCUUACCUUGUGGAAUCUGAAGAUUGAAAUAUCCAAAGGUUUAAACAAGAUGGAAAUCAAUGAAAAAGAGGCCUUGUUUAUAUAUGGGUAACUUCACAUUUAAUUUAUAAAGUUAACAAUCUGGAAACUGUGAGCCCAUAAAACAGUAUUUUUUAGAAGUUGUGUUACAACUGUAGCAAAUUUUCCUUUUAAAAAAUUCAGGCAAUGGCAUUAAACAUUCUUGCUAUCAUUUACCGUGGAUUUCCUACAUUUCUGAGAUCCCUGUAUUCAAAAACAAAUGACAGGGUUGUUAAGUUGUACUAUAUUAAACAACUUGGUCUGGUUUAUAUCAUUUUAACAAGUUUUUUGGAAAUGUAAAAGAAAAAAGUAAAGCUCCAUUUUUGUGAAUUGCAUUGUUUCUAAAGGAAGUAUUUUGAGUAUUUUCAUCUGUUUGUAUUGUUUCGACUAUGAUAUCAGAUAUCCAGUGUGUCCAUUCUGGCAGUGGUUUUGAGUUACUUCAUGGAACUUGGACAUACACCACCAGGUCCUUUAUGUGUUGUUCUCCUGGGAGACUUCUUUUUUUAAAUGCCAGGGCUACUUCUGCUUUACCUCAGUGGUAUCAGCACAUUGUAAAUUACGUUAAAACACACAACUCACUGUGAUCUAUGGGAGUGAUAUCAAAUACAAAGGAUGUUGUGUUACUUCUCUCAAACAAAACAGCAAAGGGAAUGCCAGCUAACUUCUUUGAUUAGAAGGUAAUGUCAUGGAAUAGAAUGCUGUCACUAGAAGAUGCUCUCCCACUGCUAGAUAAAUGCAGAGGCAAAGUGUAGACAUCUGUAGGAACUAAAUAUCAAGGAAAUCAAGACAUUUAUUUUCAAAGCGAGAAUUCUAUCUACAUUCUAUUCUGCGGAUGUUAUUUCUGUUAUACAUCUGAAUUUUAAAAUGUUUACUGAUAGAUAAUGGAUUUAAAGGGCGGCUAAUUGAUUGUCUGCCAUUGUUGAUAAACUGUUCUAAUUGGUUUGUGAAAGAACUCUGAGAAUUAGCUAAAUGGAGGCUAAUGUAUUUAUUUUUAGAGGUACAUGUUUUAAGUAAAUGUAUUUAAAAUAAAUUUUCAUGGUCUGAAUUGUAUAUGUAUAUGCAUAUCUGUGUAAGUAUAUGCAAGUGUAUAUUCUUCUACUGAUUCAGUCAGACACGAAAUCCAACUGAAUUACCUGGUAGACUGAGUGUCUGACAGGAUUUCUAUAUGGACAUAGCACAGAUGAACCAAAAAUGUAUUUAUAUUCACCUGAGUUUUAAUGUUUUUAAACAAAGUUUUCUCCUGCAGUGCUUUUCUAUAUGAAAUAGUUUGAGUCAAGCUUGGGCUUUUUUCUUCGUUGUUCCCAAGUCGUGUAACGUAUAGUGAAUAGUGAAUUUAUCCAAAACGCCAUUAUAACGUUUUUUACUAGAGUGCUUUUUGCACAUUUGGGCGCUAAAGGGAUUAAAACAACUGAUGCCACAAUGACUAUUGAAGGAGGGAAAAUUCUCAAGGUUCCAUAGUAUCUUUUACAAAAUGGAUUAAAAAAAAAUGCCUAUGCAACUCCAAAUAGUCUGAUGCCUGCUUCCCCAGGACGAGUGACUCUUCCACGGUGUGCUGCUUUCCUCCGAGCCUGUGGAAAGGCAGAGCCCUUUUGCAGAUACGAAAGCAAGCUUUUGCCAAUGAUCUUUAAUGGAGUUAAAAUGUUUAUGGUAAUUGUAACCUUUCAAAUGAGUUACGUGAAAAGACCAUCUCACUUUUAAUACACCCAGAUAUUUUCUUCACGUCUUUGUGCAUUUUAGCAGGACUUAAUUUUCUUAAUUUAUUCUUUCCUUUCAAUUAUAGUGACAUAGAGUAGUUGGCCUUGUAAGUAGAUCCCGUUUAGCCCCUGAACGUAAUACCAUCUGCAGUAUUAUAAAAGUCAUUUAGAAGGUCAGGGGAAUAAUCUAGAGGCAGGAUUUUGGACAUUGUGAAGGAAAUGUGCUCCUUCUCAGCUCACUUCAAUAACUAUUUUCUGAGACUGAAGUUUUUUAGGCAAGAAUAAGAAAACUUUGCUUUCUUCAGUUAUCACAUGUGAAAGCUUUUGCUUUUUGUUAGGAAAAGGUGUGGAUGACUACUGCGUGGAUGGUUACAUUUGCUUUCCGUGAAAUGCUCAGAAAAUGUCAGGACAUUCCUUUUCCAAUUGUGUGUCAGUGCGUAUUGUAAUAAAACUACUGAUUUAAAUUA